CUGAGCAAUAUCCGUUAAUCCAUUUGAUACCUAUACACUCCUGGCAGCAUUUUUCUGGUGACGAUUUCUCUCCGGCACUUUACGCCUGCCCGAAAACCCGCCGUUGAUAAUCACUGAUCUCACUGUGAAAUCCAUCAAAUCUAUCCCUAGCAGUGAUAUUCUGAAGAGGCCGUAUUGAGUAUUACAGAAUCCCGUUUUCGACCCAUCCCAUCCCAUCGCAUUUUGCCUCCAUUGUUCAGUGACUUGAAACAUAUAAUAGCAUGGCCGAAUCAAAAUCGCCGCCUUCCUCAGGCCAACAAACUGACGUCGCACAACAACCAUCACACCCGGAACCACAGACUCAGGCGAUACCAGAGUCGUCAGAGGCUCCUUCAGGAUCUGCCACCCCAGCAAAUAAUCAACAGGUCACCGCAGAAGCAGCAGAGACUGCAUCGGCACCACCAUCGCUGCCGCAACCGUCACAGCCACAGCAGCCGCAGGAGCAGCAAAAUCCCGUGCCUCAGGCAUCAGAACCCGCGACAACACCAGACACAACCGGGUUGACACGACAUGCUUCGGCUGGUGAUGAUGUUGAGAUGAGCACGGAUCCUAACGACAGUACACCGCACCAGCACCAGCACCAGCAACAACACCAGCAGCAGCAGCAGGAAGACGUAGUCAUGGGCGGAACAGAGACUGCCACCGGCUCUAGUGGCAGCGGUGGAGGGAACAACAAUGCAGCGGCAAAUGGAGCAACUGCCGGUGCGACUGCAACGUUGGAGGCUAAUGGCCUUGGAGGGAAUAUGCUGAAUGGAAUAGAUUCGAUCGCACCGCCGACUAAAAAGCAUACUAGCCUACGGGAGUUCCUGGGACAGAUGGAUGAAUACGCUCCUAUCAUUCCCGACGCCGUAACAGCUCACUAUCUCACUAUCGCCGGUCUCCCACCUCCCGGCAACGGGCCCAACCAAACCCCACCCCAUCUCGCCCGCCUCCUCGCCCUCGCAACUCAGAAAUUCAUCGCCGACAUUGCUGCAGAUGCAUACCAAUAUUCUCGCAUCAGAGCAUCCAAUAGCUCCUCAUCAAAUAACCCCAUGGGCGCAAUCAACGUGACUGCAGGCCUCAACGUGGCUGCUGGUCAGGGCGGCAAUGUUGCUGGAGGCAGCGGACAAGGCGGAUCGGGUGGUGGAGAGCAGCAAGGCAAGGGAAAGAGCGGCGCAGCGGGUUUGCACCUGGGAGUUCAGAGAGCUGGUUUUGGCGGUGGUGGACAGGGAGGCGGACAGGGGAAGACCGUGCUUACGAUGGAAGACCUCGGUAUGGCGGUCGGAGAGUACGGGGUGAGUGUGAAGAGAGGGGAGUUCUAUCGAUGAGUCUGGCUGGAGGGGAGAGAGGAGCGUGGAUACGUGUUGGUUUUAUUCGAGUUCCUUGCUCUUUCGGGGUGGUUUAUGGCGUGCGGACGGAUCUAGCAUGGGCUAAUGAUUCUCCUUGUCCAUUUCUAUAUUUCGUUCUGGUGGGUCGGGGAGUCUGACAUGGAAACGGCGUUAUUGCUGGCGUUGAAAAGGAAGUUAAGGCUAGUACUUGGCCACUGGAAUAUCCACGGUCUCCUUUUUAUUUGGCCGAUCUACUUUAAUUUGCAUAUUAUAUGAAGACAUGUAUUAUACACCAGGAAAUGCAUGCGUUGGAAUCUCUCCAUUCCACGAUAACGUACGCCAGAUAUCAAUACAAUUCCACGAACAUAUUCCGU